GUCCAUACUGACAUAGACAGUUGAGCUGCACCCUCCUUCCACCUGGUUACACUAAUCUAACCCCGAGUCCUAAACUCACCUCGCUCAGACCACUCAGGUUAUCAGCAUGGAGGAUUCCUCAGAACAGUCCCACUGGGUGUCUCCAUCUCUGCUCAGCUCAGAUCCUCUGGCCGCUUUCUCCUCUGAGCCAGGCCUGCUGCCUCCAGGAGAAGAGGGAGAGGCCUUCUUCUCUGGCCAAGACAGCGACUACACCAGCCUGCCCUCCUUCUUCUCCAACCCGAGUCACAGCCGAGCGCCGUCCACCUACAGACACAGCUCGGUACGACAGGUGUUCUCCUCACCAAGUCUCCUCAGCAACCUCCAGCUGCUGGACGCGCCGGGCAGCCACUCCCUGAGCUCACCCUACAACCCUCCAGCCUCCACCUGGAGCAGCAGCCCUCUCACCAAGACCCCUCUGCACUCACACACUCCAACCUCCCUGUACACCCCCAGCAUCACCUCAUCCUUCACCGCCUCCAGAGAUGGGUACUCCUCUCCCAGUAGAGAUGGCAGGGAGAGCCCCCGGCUUCAAGAGGCCCUCAAGGCCGAGCGCAUGAGCCCGCUGGGGGGGUUAGGGGCCAGCAGCAGUUUUCUGAACCUGACCCCUGCAGGUGGGAGUGUGUACACGUCGUCAUCCCACUCCCACCCGCACAUGCUGAGCCCUUACAGCUCGUACAUGAGCGGGCCUCAGGAAUACAGCUCGGCUGCCCUCUACUCCAACCCUGGAGCUUGGAUAAGCCCCUCAUACUCCCCUAAAAUGCGCAACAAGAUGAGGAUAACCACUCCAGAGGCCAGAGAGUGUGUGAACUGUGGGGCCACAGCUACCCCUCUGUGGCGCCGGGAUGGUACAGGCCACUACCUGUGCAACGCCUGUGGACUGUACCACAAGAUGAACGGCCAAAACAGACCUCUGAUCCGGCCCAAGAAGAGACUGAUUGUCAGCAAGCGGGCAGGCACACUGUGUGCAAACUGUCACACAAGCACAACAACACUGUGGAGACGCAAUGCCAAUGGAGAACCUGUGUGUAAUGCCUGUGGACUCUACUUUAAACUGCACAAUGUCAACCGGCCCCUCACCAUGAAGAAGGACGGCAUUCAAACACGCAACAGAAAAGUGUCCAACAAGAACAAGAAGAGCAAGAAGGCCGCCAUGUUGGAGUCAUACUCGGAGGUGAACCAGCCACUCUCUAUGGACGACAACUGUGGGCCCUUUUCCCUUGGCCACGGGACUCUGCUGACCUACAGCCACACACCGCACCUCAUCCCAACACCGUCGCCAAUGCACGCCUCCGCCAGCUUACCCUACACACAUCACCUCAACACUGGUAUGGUGCCCACACUGGUGUGAAGAAAAAGAAGAAGAAAAAAAAAACAGACAACCUUUACUGCUGGGGGACGUAGUUGUUACCAAGCAAUGCUUUAUAUAUUCAGGAAUCAGCACGCUUGCUUGCUUGCUUGCCAGCUUGCCAGUUAUUUGUGUGGAUUUGUACAUUCAUGUCAAUUAAGUUUUCUGUUUAUUUUCACUGUAUUUGAAGGGGGAAACCCCAAUUUUGUAGAUAUUUUGAUCCAGAGUUUGUUUUAAGUCAGAUGAAACCACUCUACUCAGGUUGCAACAUAUGUAAACACACUGAUUGGGAAUUGUCUCAGCUGUAAAUACAAACAGAGAACCUGAUUCGACUGCCAUAUCUGUGUCCUAACCCCUUUAAUAUUAUUCAUAAUGUGAAAUUAUAUUUUGGUUUUGUGUUGGUUUGUUUUUGUAUUUCCAGAAUUGAUAUUUAACAUCGAAUUGAAGUUCU